AUGGCCUCGAUCCCUAGGUUCAAUGUAACUGGACGUUAUCGAGAAAGUGAACAAUCUUCCACCAAAAAUGGCAGUCGUUUUUUUGCAGGGGGUGAUCCUGCUAACACGAAUCUGACCCGAAAUGAGGAAAGUAAAAGUCGUCCCACUACAGCAGGCUCACAGCCCGAUGAGGACGGCAAACUGGGAUUUGCAAACAUCCCAGAUCAAAUGCAUCGCAAAGCUGUGAAGAAGGGAUUUAAUUUCACUCUCAUGAUUGCUGGUGAAAGCGGUCUGGGCAAGGCCACUCUGGUAAACAGUCUCUUCAUGCAGGACCUUUACAAAGACAGGGAGCCAGUCGACGCCAACGAGAUGAUCAAGAAGGUGACCAAAAUCGAGAAACGUCAAAUUGAGUUGGACGAACGGGGUGUCAAACUGCGUCUGACCAUCGUCGACACACCCGGUUUCAAUGAUGCCGUCAACGCGGAAGAGUGUUGGAAGCCAAUCGAGGAUUACAUCGAUAGCACAUUCGAGCAAUACUUCAAAGAUGAGUGUGGUUUAAACCGCAAGAAUAUCCAGGACAAUCGUGUUCAUUGCUGUCUCUACUUCAUCUCACCUUACGGCCACGGCUUGCGUCAGGUGGACGUGGAGUUCAUGCGACGCCUGCAAAACAAGGUGAACAUCGUCCCCGUGAUUGCCAAAGCGGACGCACUCACUGCCAGCGAGUUGCGUGCCCUCAAGGAACGCAUCAUGUCCGAUCUGAACCGAUACAAAAUAGACAUCUACCGUCUUCCCGAGUGCGACUCUGAUGAGGAGGAAGAGAUCAAACGGUUGGACAAGGAAAUUAAGGCGGUCCUGCCGUUUGCGGUGAUUGGAAGCAACUGCGUGAUAGAGGGUGAGGGAGGUAAGCGUGUGCGCGGCCGACAGUACCCUUGGGGUGUGGUGGAAGUGGAGAAUCCCAAGCACUGCGACUUCACGAAAUUGCGGAUCUUUCUCCUCAAGACGCAUAUGCAAGACCUGAAGGAUAUGACUUUGGAGGUGCACUAUGAGAACUACCGUGCCAAGUACAUCACUGAGCGGAUGUCACGAAGGCAGACAGAUCGGCGAGAGGGCAUGGGUGCGCCCCGUGUUGAUCGUGAAAAUGGACCUGGUUUUGAGGCCCUCAUGAGUGCCGAUUGUCUGCUUCGUCAGAAGGAAGAUGAACUACAGCGAAUGAGCGCCAAGAGUCUUGAUCAGAUGGCACGUGGUAAGCCGUCUGAUGGUCUGCUCGCUAACCACAAUGCAACAGGCAUGGCCACCAAUGGGGGCACUGGGCUAACUGGUCGUAGUUCCUCUACUGCAGCUGCUAGCGCAACGCCUGGUCCGGGUGCCCUGCCUCCCAAAGCCAGUCUCUCGGCACGUGCACCUUUACGCAAUUGGUUGACGCUCCUGAAACCUCGUGUGAUUAUCUGCGUGAGUAGCCCACAUUCGACGUUUGACAAUAACAUGAGGACGAUGGGGGCGCUGGUUCUUCUGUUCUGCCUUCUUGUGACCAUUGGAACGUCCACUGCGAUCAGUCCGUCUGAACGAACAGUGUGUGUGGUUGCCUCCGAGGCAAGCGAUGGCACCUACGAUUUCUCCCUGGAGUCUGAAACUUUCCACAUGCGGACACCAGGCUACGAUUUCCUCAUUCCCGCAGCUUCCUGGUUCAAUCAGUCUGUGGAUGAUGUGGGAAUGGCCUUCCAAACAGUCAAAACUUCGGGAGAAUUCGAGGACAAAAUACAAGCCUAUUGGGCGGGCUUCCUCGAACUCUAUAUCUCGAGGGAUGUAACCUAUGCCCAACUUGAAAAUACUUUUGGCGGCUUUUGCAAGGACAACUCAUCCGCUUGUCAAGAGCUUGAGGAGUACUUAAGACGCAAUCUGGAGAUGACUAUCAAGAGGAGCCUUCAGUCCGGCGAUAUUGAUCCCUACUGGCAUCAGGCAGGCCUAUUUAUCCCUUCCUUACUAUUAAUUGGAAAUUUCGUUUUAUUGCCCUCUCCUUCUUCGUCCUUUCAACCACAGAUGGAGCUUGUGCUCUGGCAAAUGCGUGGUAUUCAAGAUGCUUGGAACAACAUUACGAUAAACAACUCGAAAUUCCUCACAACCGACUACUUGAUGCAUCUCUUGGAUGACGUCUUCGACAUUCACCUUCUGCAGCUGGCAGUCGACAUGGGGGACGUCAGCGCAGCCUUGGGCCUGUACGAGGCCCUGGAGGAGGGGCCGAAUGGCAAGCACUAUUUUACAAGCCGACCUAGCUGCUCCGCCCUCGUGAAGCUUGCGCCCGACCACAAGGACAUCUUCAUCUCUCAUGACACCUGGCGAGACUAUGAGGGUAUGCUGAAGGUAGUGAAAUACUACGAAUUUGCCUGGAGGCUCACUCGCGAUCCCAGCUCACCAGUGAUCCCAGCAGAUAAAAUCCUUUUUUCAUCGUACCCAUCAACAAUCAAUUCAAUUGACGAUUUCUACGUGACAAGCACUGGGUUGGUCAUUCAAGAGACAACAAACGGUAACGAGAAUCCAAAUUUGUGGCCCUUUGUACGCCAUGGCCUCAACAGCACCGUGUUGGGGGCCUUUCGUGUCAUGAUUGCGACUCGUCUUGCACGCACUCCGAGUGAGUGGAUCGGCUUCUUUGCACGGGAGAACAGCGGAACAUACAACAAUCAGUGGAUGGUGAUCGACACAAAAUUAUUUGACCCAUCGAAGCCCCUUCCGGAAAAAGACCUCUUCUGGGUGGCGGAACAAAUACCGUACUUUAAGUUCAUUCACGAGAUCUCAGGUUUUGAUGAUCUGGAGAAGAAAUUUGGGGAAUGCUUUUCCUACGAAAUGACGCCUCGGGCUCAAAUUUUCAGACGCAACCACUCGACGGCAGUAUCGUUGCCAAGUGUCUACCGCCUAAUGAGGUUCAAUGACUUCACGCACGAUCCGCUGUCGCAUUGCAACUGCACGCCACCUUACACUGCGCAGUACGCUAUCUCGGCCCGAAGCGAUCUCAACGACCCCAACGGCGUUUAUCCCUUCCCUCUCCUCGUCUACCGUCUUCACGGCGCUACUGACGUCAAACUCGUCAACCUGGAACUGGCCAGAUCGCUGAGCAUGAUAGCAGUGGCUGGGCCGACCUAUGAUCAGGUGCCGGUGUUUGAUUGGUCCCGGUUGAGGCCGGAAAGGCCGCGACCCCUGAUGCAUCCUGAGCGUUGGGCCUUCCCUCUGGUGGUCAUCCAGGUGGAGAACAACCACAACCAGUGGAUGCAACCUUACCUACGAACUUGGACCAUGGCACCGUAG